AUGCUCAAAAACCUUGAGGGCCCUGCCCUUCUGCAGCUGCUAAACUACUACAAUGACAUCUGGGCCACUUCCUGCAUACCUCCCAGCUGGAAGCAUGCUCACGUCAUUCCCAUUCCCAAGCGCGGAAAGACGCCCUUCACCCUCAACAACUUCCGCCCCAUAGCCCUAACCUCCGCAGUGGGCAAGGUGCUGGAACGUAUGGUCCAACGCAGACUCGUCUGGCUUCUAGAAAGUACCUCAGCUCUACCCGAUCACCUGUGUGCAUACAGGAAACGACGCACUACUGCCGCAGCCCUCCUCACUCUCUCCGCCAAGCUACAACAAGCCUUCGCCGACCGCAAACUCUCCCUGGUCCUUUUUCUGGACGCUAAGCAAGCAUUUGACAACCUCAGCCAUCAGUCCAUCCACGACGCCCUUACAAGGCAUCAAGUCAAGGUCUCUGGCCAACUUAGCACCACCCGACUCAUUACGAAAGGAGUACCGCAGGGAGGGGUUCUCUCCCCCAUCCUCUUCAACCUCGCGCUCGCCGAUAUUCACUGUGAUCUUCCUGACACAUCAGUCACACCCAACUUCCUCAUCUACGCUGAUGACAUAUGUGUAACCUUCACUGGUCACUUCAGAUCAAGACUCCAGUCCUCAGCGCAAGCCAUUCUUGACCACCUCGCCAACAAGCUUGCACUAAAAGGGCUCGAACUCUCUCCGUCCAAAAGUGCCGCCCUCCCCGUCACUUCACCUGGCCGACAUCUUCCCAACGGAUACCCCAGCCUAACCCUUGGGAACAUUCCUGUGCCAUCAGUUCGUCACGCUAAAUACCUCGGAGUCCACUUCGACUCACGGCUUCUAUGGAACCAUCAAGUAAACCACCUGGUCAGCACCUGUCGCCCUCUCCUCAACAUCUUGAAGCGAAUGGGUGGCCGUUCCUGGGGAAAUCACCCACGUAGCCUCCUCCUUCUAUACAAGGCUCUAAUCCAAAGUCGCCUCGCCUAUGCUCUUCCAUACAUUGACCCUUCACCCACUGGCUGGCGACAACUUAAUCGCCUUCACAGAUCUGGCCUCAGAGUAGCCCUAGGACUACCAUCCUUCUCCAACGUGAAUGACACCCUCAUCGAAGCCUCCGCUCUAACCCUUGAACAUCAAGCUGGUGUCUGUGCACUCCGUACUCUGAUUAGGCUUCAUCAAGCCGGCACUGCAUCCUCCAUUCUCACCUCACUAAAGAAAUGCCCUGAUACAGCUCCUGACACUCUGGCGCUCAAACUACCUAGUCAGCUUCCCAACAAGACUCACUACCUGCCACAACACUUCCCUUCCUGGAGGGAGUUUUUCCCACAUGUCCGGCUAGACAUUCCUGGCCUCAGAAGCAAGAAAGCCUAUUCAACUGAUGUCAUGAAGGCCAAGGCCCUUGAUCAUAUACACACCGUGUAUCAGCACGCACUCCAUGUCUACACAGAUGGCUCCAUCUGUCACCAAACCAACACCGCCUCCUCUGCCUACGUCAUCCGUUCUCACCAUCAUCGCUGGGCAGUCAAACUUCGUGGCCCCUGCCCUUCAUCCACCACAGCUGAGCUGUGCGCUAUACUUCACGCCUCCAUUGCAAUCGCCCCCUUUCAAGCCGAUCGAGUUGUCAUCCUCACGGACUCCGCCACAUCACUUCGGAGACUCGUGAACAUCGAUGACACAUCAGUGCUCGUACGCUCCAUCCGACGGACAAUCAGCUCUGCUGCCGGCCAAGGCACGAAUAUCACCCUACAGUGGAUCCCAUCACACGUUGGCAUCCCUGGAAACGAAGAGGCUGACGCUCUAGCCAACUUCGCUCACACCUCUCGUGUCGCAACAUUCCCUCUCCCCCCACAAAUCCAGCCCCAUCGGAUAGUGGCCUCACUGCUGCCCUCUCCUUCACUGGUCAGUCGGCUUCGUCCCACGCACCAGCGAGAACCCCUGCCAACGCGGCACUACAAUCGAGCUAUCACCACUGCACUUCACCGCCUCAGAAGUGGCAGCUCCCUCACUGCCAGCUCGCUCUUCAAGUACAAUCUCUCCACCUCGCCUUAUUGCCCUCAUUGCCCUAAUCAAGAGGAGACAGUUCACCACAUCUUUGUCAACUGCCCUGCCUAUCAGUCUCAACGCAAUCAGCAUCUUCCGUUUUUGACUAACUCCACAAUCAGCCUCGAAGACUAUCUGUAUCACGGAUCCACUACUGCUGUUAGAAGACAGCGCACAGCCUCCAUCGCCUCCUUUCUAAAGGACGCGAAUCUGCACCUCUGCAUCUAA